CGUCAGUCGAGCGGGGCGCGGUCGCUGUCACGGAGCGGAGUUGGUGCUUGUCAUCCGGCCGCCAUUAUCUCGUAUUUAAACGGAUUUGUAAAAUCAAUUAAAGUUUGCAUUGUCGUUGCGUGUUUUCAGUGUUCAGUGGAGUAAAAAACCCUGGAAAUUAGCGAGACGUGGUCGUUUGUUCAAAGAUUGUGUGUUUCGGAUUUGUACGAACAGUGAAAAGUGGUACUGUUAGGUUACUGUGUGUUGGGUGCUAACAUUGUGUAGGGUGGCUCCGGUCUCGCCGGAGCGGCAGGACGCGUGUGGAGCGCAUGCAGAGGGAGCGGUGAGAGCGCGCCCGGCUCAGGGGUCGGGGCGGCCGGCGGCCAAGGAACAGGGACAGCUGCCGACAUGGGGUGCGCCCAGUCGGCCGAAGAGCGAGCGGCGGCAGCUCGUAGCCGACAGAUCGAGAGGAACUUGAAAGAGGAUGGAAUCCAAGCCUCCAAAGAUAUCAAGCUGCUCUUAUUAGGUGCUGGUGAAUCAGGCAAAAGUACUAUAGUCAAACAAAUGAAAAUUAUCCACGAAAGUGGCUUCACAAAUGAAGACUUCAAACAGUACCGGCCGGUGGUGUACAGCAACACGAUUCAGUCGCUCGUCGCCAUCUUGCGCGCCAUGCCCAACCUAGGCAUCACCUACGGCAAUAAGGAUCGAGAGAGCGAUGGCAAGAUGGUGUUUGACGUGAUCCAACGGAUGGAGGACACGGAGCCGUUCAGCGAGGAGUUGCUGGCGGCGAUGAAGAGGCUCUGGGCGGACGCCGGCGUGCAAGAAUGCUUCGGUCGCUCCAACGAAUACCAGCUCAACGACUCCGCCAAAUAUUUCCUGGACGACUUGGACCGGUUAGGUGCGAGAGAUUACCAGCCCACCGAACAAGAUAUUUUAAGGACUAGAGUCAAAACCACUGGCAUCGUCGAAGUGCACUUCUCCUUCAAAAACCUUAAUUUCAAAUUGUUCGAUGUGGGCGGCCAGCGAUCCGAGAGAAAGAAAUGGAUCCAUUGCUUCGAAGAUGUCACCGCGAUCAUAUUCUGCGUCGCCAUGUCGGAGUACGAUCAGGUCCUGCACGAGGAUGAGACAACGAACCGUAUGCAGGAGAGUCUAAAGCUGUUCGACUCGAUCUGCAACAAUAAGUGGUUCACCGACACCAGCAUCAUCCUGUUCCUCAACAAGAAGGAUCUAUUCGAGGAGAAGAUACGCAAGUCGCCGCUCACCAUAUGCUUUCCCGAGUACACGGGCGCGCAAGAAUACGGCGAGGCAGCUGCGUACAUCCAAGCCCAGUUCGAGGCGAAGAACAAGUCUACCACCAAGGAGAUCUACUGCCACAUGACCUGCGCCACCGAUACUAACAACAUUCAGUUCGUGUUCGAUGCCGUCACCGACGUCAUCAUAGCCAACAACCUUCGCGGCUGCGGCCUCUACUAGAGCCGAGGAACGAGCCAGCCACCGGGUGCGAAUGCGAUCACAAGACAGCUCCAGCAGUCGCCGACGCCGAGCGGCGCCCGCACAGUCUUGUGCUCGUAUUCGCGAGUUCCUCCCGCGACGCCCGGCCCGGCGCCGCAGGCUGCUGAUGCACUGCAAGCAUAUCACGACGUCGGCGCGGGCGAGCGUCGCGGCCGCUCACGCCGCAGCUACGCGUAUUAUAAUUACCUAUAUAUUUUUAUGGAAAGUAAGCUUACUGGAUAUACCGCCGAUGUGCAGAUAUCAUGUGUCACAUGGCUUGGGGCAUUGUGUAUGAUUUUCAAAAGCUCCCACCGACAGUGUGCGACUAGAUCCGACCUACCGGUAGUGUUUCAGUUCCCCCUGUAAUAUAAAAACCGUAGUUUGGUUAUUGUUUCGACGACGCGGUCGGGCGGGCUCGUGCCCGCUGCGAUCGUUUUCGAUUAUUGUGAAUUAGUGAUCUAGUGUUCAAUUCUAAAUUUUGGUGCUAGGCAUUUGGUAUAGUGUUACGUUGCACACGACGUGUCGGACUAGUGGCCCGCUGGCGCAGGAGCUCCGGUAUCUAUAUGUGCUUAUAUACUCACUCUCUUACGGACCAAACACAGAAAGGAACCAAUAUUUAGUAUUGAAUUAAAACACGGUAGUGAGAUGCAUGAAUACGUUCACAGGCCUACUUAAACUGAUUACAAAACAUCAUUCCAUUAUUAAGUAUUAUAUCACUUAUAAUGAGAAAUUAUUUUUUAUAAACUUUUGAAUGCACAACUGUAACCGCUCUAUGGAAUAAGACGACGUCUUUUAUGUUACGUACCUACGAUCAUACUUUAAGCUAAGUCCUAUCAUCCAAUGUUAUUAUUUAAGUUAAGCAUUGUAUUACGCACAAAUUAUUUAUUCCAGUAAGAGCAUUAAUUUGUUACGCCAUAUACAAUUCUGAAUAUUUUUUUUGUGUUCAUAUUUUUCUAUAUCAUUUUACAGUUAUCCUUAAGGUGUAGCCAUUUAAGAUCUAUUCUUGUAUUCAAUUAUUGAAAUCAUGUUAGGUAUUUAUUUUAUCUAGAGUACUUGUAUUAAACGUGGUAUAUGUAAACUUGUCAUGUUUAAUUUUAUAUUUAAAGGUAAUUAACCAAUGUUUAUGAUCAUGUUAAUCUUCGUCAUUAUUUUGUGAAGUGGGUGGAGUCUGUAAUGGUAAGGAAGUUAGUGAGGUGUGGUCAUUUUUAUAUAAUAACUAAGCAGUUAUGUACGUGUAUUUACAGCUAGACAUACGUAGUAGAGGCGGUAGAGUACACGGCCCCUCGCUCUGUGUCCGCCAGACCGCGCGGACCUCGCGCUCCUGUAAGAUAUGUGAGUAUAUAAACUUUGUAUACACUCGCGAAUUGGCGUAAUCAAACACUAUAUAUACUAUAUAACAUAAUUUAUUAUUAAUAAUAAAAAUAAAAUCUUACUUUUAAGCAUUAGGACAGUAACUGUAUCAAUAAACAUUAAUUAAUAAUGCAAUUAGACAGUAACCUUUACUAUUGUCAUAGUUAGGUGAUUUAUUUUCAUUUUACGUUUAUGAGUAUGUAAAAAGUGAUUAAAUGAAAAUGUACGCCUACACUGUGACCGCGCGGGCCAUUGACCACCUCCGACCUGUGCGAGCUGCAGACCAAAGAUAUUGUAAUGUACGCCAGUACACCGCUAACAGCCACAGCCGAGUUACAUACUGCUCGCAUACACCUUCCUACUAAUUCAUUGAUACAUUGUUAGAUACAUAGCAUCGGCUGAUCUCCGGAUCGCGAACGUUUGGUAGUGGCCCGCGGCUCGAGCGCCCGCCGCUCGCUUGUUGCUAGGUAGGUUUUUUACUGUUAUGUAACAAUAUGUGUACGUAAAACUAAUAAAAAAUAAUAUUAGCGCAGUUCUACAUUCAACCUACAUUUAAGUAAGCUUCACGUUACAUUUAAAAAGUUUUUUUAAUGAGUGAACGAUGUGGAUAUGAUCAUUCGACGUCUUCAGGACGAAGGCUCCCAUACAUAAUUACGAUGGGUUCGUACAUUAGUGCAGGGUGUGGUGUGCGUGGUGUGUGUGAGUGCGUGAGGCGGUCGACUAGUGUGCCAUCGUCACCAGCUUUAAGCGUCCGUAGAACAACGGCCGCCCAUCCCGCCGCCCGCCACAUUCGCGGCUCGACAACUACGUGUCCUACGACAUCUAGUUCUCCGUCGACAGUUUUGCAUUUCAUGUGUUCCUCCGCCGCAGAACAUUUAACUUGUAUGCUUAUAUUUCGAGUGAAUGUGAUGUAAAUUUUGUACACUGCCGCAUUGUUUAUUCGCUCGAAUCACAUUUAGUUUAUAAGAUUUGAGACAGUGAACGAAUCGCACAAGCCACAUGUAACAUGUUUGUCUGAGACACAAAGGAGCGCACAAAGCGUAGUGCACGGCCGUGCGACCGACCGUAUCCGACCGAUCGCAGCUCAACCGACUCGCCGAUGCCGGGCAAGGCACGUGGUAUGUGCGUUGGCUUCUUAUUUGAAGACUGAAUUGUUGCGGCUCAAAUAUUCUCGCGCUUUAUUAGAUCCACAACUGGGGAAGUUAUUGCAAAGUUUUUUUAAGGGAGUAGCGUUUAGUGAUCGGGUUUGAGGCAUAUGUCUAAUUAUAGUGAUGUGGCAUGAGAUAAUUCGAAAACUACCUGUAUUGACAUUCUACUGUUGAUAUUAGCGAAAUGAGCGACGUUCAGUAUAAUUUUUAAUAUUAACGCUGAGUAUUGUCGAGAUGUUGUCCAUCUAAAACAAUAUCACCAUGCUUCAUUCAUAUUUGCCAAAGUUAAUACUAACCUCACUAUUUAUACCUACUGUAUGUUCUUCGAUAACUAAAUUAUGUCUGGGAUUCGCGAUAAGGGCGGAGGCGCGGCGCACGUAUCGCCGUCGGCGCGGCCCAGCGUCGAAUAUAGUCGUAUCGGUACUGAUCAGAGUACAAUGUUGAAAAUAUCUUAUUUAGAAUUGAUGAACAUGUAAACAUUUAUUUCUAGCGCGUGCGAGGGAUCGCUCGGUGCGCGAGUGGCGCCCCGCGACAAGCCGCGUCCGGCCGAGCGGCGGCGAGCGCUCGCAGGCCCGGCCUCUGAGCCAGUAUGGUGCCGAGCGAUCCCAAUUAUUGAACAAACGUUUAAGAAAGUAAAAUUUUUAGUCACUAGUGGGUAAUUUUUGAAUGUGAUUCAAUCUUAUCUUUAUUUUUCUAUAUCGAGUGACAUUCAACUUUGAUUUCAUUGUUUUCCGACUUAUUUUAUGUAUUGCAUUUACUGAAAGCGAUGUAUUUAACCAACGAUGUAAUAAACAAUAUUUUCUCUUAUUUGUAUCUCGUCUGCACUGGUAUUUUUUAUUGAAUUUACUAUAAAUGUACUUUAAGUGUAUAAUUUUAAAUAAUUACUGAAAAUGAUUAUAUUCUAAUUUUUAUGUUCAAAUAAA